AUGGCUUGCUCGUCAACCCCGACCUCAAACCACGAUUUUCCACUAAAUCUUUUUUUCUCUCUUUUCAGCGCCACCUCCUCCGGUUACACGGGUGACCUCGGCGCCACGGUGGUGUCCCAGGUCAUCACCCCCUGGCAGGGUCUGGGCCUCGAGUUCCUCCUGACCUUCGUGGUGGUGUUCGUGGUGUUCGCCUCCGUCAACCCCUACCGCAGGAGCCUCGGGAACCCCGCUAUGGCGAUCGGGGUUGGCCUACUCGCUUGCACGCUCGUUGGGCUCCCCCUGACGGGCGCCUCCAUGAACCCCGCCCGCUCCCUCGGCCCCGCCUUCGUCAAGAACAAGUGGGACGCGCACUGGGUGAGUACCGGGCCAAGUUGUUGUUGCUACUCAUAUGUCUCACUCAUGAUCGACUAUGAGGAGGGCUAUGAGGAGGUUAAACGCCUGUAUGAAAAGGAGGAUUGUGUUCAUGAGGUGCAGUGA